AUGCAGAAAAGCAUAGCGACGUACCUAGGUGUCAUUGUCAUUGCAACCACAUUGGCGUCGUCUGGAAGCGCCUCCAAUUUUUCAAACUGGGUGAGUCCCGUCAACACAUCGGCCUCCGCCUGCUAUCGCAAGGCGUUUCUAUCAUCGGAUUCAUGCGCCAAAGGCUACAAGUCGGAUGGCAUUGCAACGUGUUGGGCACAGUGUCCACUGGACUUUCCGGUGGAAUGUGGGAUGGAAUGUAUUCCGCAGACCUCCGACUGCACUUCGCAGAUCCUUGACAAGGUCUUUUCUGUGGCGACCGUGGCACUUAACACUGCAACCGCGGGUAUGUUUGGCAAGAUACGCAAAGCGAGUGAGGCUCUCCAGCUUGGUGUCAAAUGCGGUCAGCAACUCUACUCUGCUACGAGUGCUCUAAUGAGUUACAUUGAAGAAGUGCAGGCCAAUGCAACCCUGGGCCAGCACCUGAUGAGUGCAGUGAAUCAGUCGGACAUUGUCACCAGCGAACUACCCGCUGCAGUCAGCACAUGUCUGGAUCUGCCAGUGUCGCCCGACACGCCUGUCAUAGCUACAGCCGUCAAUUAUAUCGUCACAGCGAUAGUUGGUAAUGGGGCGUCCAUACUGAAUCCCGGCUCGUUCUUGGCACUCAUGAACGACUUAGGCAUCGAUAAGUCGGUCCAAGGUCUCGACGCCAACAGUCAAGUACAACUGCAGGAUAUCCUCAGUGCCGGCACAACUUGCGGGACACAGCUUCAAGCGUUGAUUCACAAGGUGACUCAGUUCGUGGUUGCUAUGAAACAGAAAGACCCCGCUGUUGCUGUUAGUAAGAUCCGCCAGGCAUUGAGUGUUUCGGAUCUCUUUCUCACGGGUGUGCCUGAUGCCAUCGAUAGUUGCUCCCAUAACCUCACAGACGAUGUCUAUCGCACUCGUGAUAAUCUACGAUCCGUGAUGAGCACUAUCGUCGACGGCCUUGUUGACAGCGCGGUGGAUGGCAAUGGAAAGACACUGUCAAGUACAGACUACCUCACGGCUGUGGCUGGCAUGGGCAUGGACGUCAUUGCUGUGCUCGAUCCAACUGGUUUAGCUGCGAUGGUCGACACGUUUCUUCAACCAAUCUGUGCUCCCACCGUUUUCAUCGGCGAGAUCGAUGACGGCUCCCUGACGGACGCACUAGCUCUCACAACGGAAGGCCAGGCGUUUAAUGGAAGUCAUGGCACAUGGAGCAAGUCCGGAGAUGGCACGGUAAACAUCGUCUUGUACAGUCUCGACUCCAAAGACGUGACGGUCGUGAUGCACUCUGGCGGUGAUACAGUAGCGAAAGUGAAGGUGGCGAGUGGCGCGACUGUGUCAUGGAACUCGACUAUGUCAGUGCUCCAAGAUCAAACGCUGUACCUUGACCGCUGGCGACCGGGACCGUUUCGUGUGCCAAGCUCUCGCGGAGGUUCGUUGCUUAUGUGGGUGCCGCGCUCGUCAGCUGGAGGUCAAAUUGACCUGCACGUCACGAUCAACGGUGGCAACGUUGAUGACGUCCGUCGCAACAUUGGAAACAGCGGUGACCCGAACGUUGUUCAGAGCAGUAAAGGAGAUGUCGGAAAGAAUGGAAGCACGGGACCAGUGUCUACUGCACAAUUGGUCGAUGGUCAAAGGAAUCCGACUUCCAGCACCCCAACUUCACGAAAGACUGGAGUUCCGCACGACCUCAACAAGCACGAGAGUGUAAAGCCACCGACUUUAUUGACAACUGUAGAAACUACAGGUAACCUAUGCGAGUCAUAA